AUGCUGAGGAUGCGGACCAUGGGAUGGGCGCGCGCCUGGUGCCUGGGCUGCUGUCUCCUUUUGCCGCUCUCGCUCAGCCUGGCGGCCGCCAAGCAACUCCUCCGGUACCGACUGGCCGAGGAGGGCCCAGCAGACGUCCGCAUCGGCAACGUCGCCUCAGACUUGGGCAUCGUGACCGGCUCCGGUGAGGUGACUUUCAGCCUCGAGUCGGGCUCGGAGUACCUGAAGAUCGACAACCUCACCGGCGAGCUUAGUACAAGCGAGCGACGCAUUGACCGCGAGAAGCUGCCCCAGUGUCAGAUGAUCUUCGACGAAAACGAGUGCUUUCUGGACUUCGAGGUGUCGGUGAUCGGGCCCUCGCAGAGCUGGGUGGACCUCGAAGGUCGGGUCAUCGUGCUCGACAUCAACGACAACACGCCCACCUUCCCGUCUCCCGUGCUCACGCUCACGGUGGAGGAGAACCGGCCGGUGGGCACUCUCUACCUGCUGCCCACCGCCACCGACCGUGACUUCGGCCGAAACGGCAUCGAGCGCUACGAGCUGCUCCAGGAGCCCGGGGGCGGCGGUGGCGGCGGCGGCGAAGGCCGGCGCGCCGGGCCUGCCGACAGCGCCCCCUACCCCGGGGGCGGCGGGAACGGCGCGAGCGGUGGCGGCCCUGGAGGCUCCAAGAGGCGGCUGGACGCGCCAGAAGGCGGCGGCGGGACCAACCCGGGCGGCCGCAGCAGUGUGUUCGAACUGCAGGUGGCCGACACCCCGGAUGGCGAAAAGCAGCCGCAGCUAAUUGUGAAGGGGGCGCUGGACCGCGAACAGCGCGACUCCUAUGAGUUGACCCUGCGGGUGCGCGACGGCGGCGACCCGCCUCGAUCCUCUCAGGCCAUCCUGCGGGUGCUUAUCACCGACGUGAACGACAACAGCCCCCGCUUUGAGAAGAGCGUGUAUGAGGCUGACCUGGCAGAGAACAGCGCCCCGGGGACCCCCAUCCUGCAGCUGCGUGCCGCCGACUUGGACGUGGGGGUCAACGGGCAGAUAGAGUACGUUUUCGGGGCGGCUACCGAGUCUGUGCGGCGGUUACUGCGCCUCGACGAGACGUCCGGCUGGCUCAGUGUCCUGCACCGUAUCGACCGCGAGGAGGUGAACCAGCUGCGCUUCACCGUCAUGGCCCGCGAUCGUGGGCAGCCCCCCAAGACCGACAAGGCCACGGUGGUCCUUAAUAUCAAGGACGAGAACGACAAUGUGCCGUCCAUUGAAAUCCGCAAGAUCGGUCGUAUCCCACUCAAGGACGGGGUGGCCAAUGUGGCAGAGGACGUUCUAGUCGACACUCCCAUUGCCCUGGUGCAGGUGUCCGACCGAGACCAAGGCGAGAACGGAGUGGUCACCUGCACUGUAGUGGGCGACGUGCCCUUCCAGCUCAAGCCAGCCAGUGACACAGAGGGCGACCAGAACAAGAAAAAGUACUUCCUGCACACCUCGGCCCCUUUGGACUAUGAGACCACCCGGGAGUACAACGUAGUCAUAGUGGCGGUGGACUCAGGCAGCCCCAGCCUCUCCAGCAACAACUCCCUGAUUGUCAAGGUGGGGGACACCAAUGACAACCCGCCCGUCUUUGGGCAGUCGGUAGUGGAGGUUUACUUUCCUGAGAACAACAUCCCUGGAGAGAGGGUAGCCACCGUGCUGGCGACAGACGCAGACAGCGGGAAAAACGCUGAAAUCGCCUACUCGCUGGACUCUUCUGUGAUGGGGAUCUUCGCCAUCGAUCCCGAUUCAGGGGACAUCCUCGUCAAUACCGUGCUGGACCGCGAGCAGACUGACAGGUAUGAGUUUAAAGUUAACGCCAAAGACAAAGGCAUCCCAGUGCUACAGGGCAGCACCACAGUGAUUGUGCAGGUGGCUGACAAGAAUGACAACGAUCCUAAGUUUAUGCAGGACAUCUUUACCUUUUACGUGAAAGAAAACUUGCAGCCCAACAGCCCCGUGGGAAUGGUCACGGUGAUGGAUGCUGACAAGGGGCGCAAUGCAGAGAUGAGCCUGUACAUAGAGGAGAACAGUAACAUUUUUUCCAUUGAAAAUGACACGGGGACCAUUUACUCCACAAUGUCUUUUGACCGGGAACAUCAGACCACUUACACAUUCAGAGUCAAGGCUGUGGAUGGAGGAGAUCCUCCCAGAUCUGCCACAGCCACAGUCUCUCUCUUUGUGAUGGAUGAGAAUGACAAUGCUCCCACAGUUACCCUUCCCAGAAACAUUUCCUACACUUUACUGCCACCUUCAAGUAAUGUCAGGACAGUAGUAGCUACGGUGUUAGCAACAGACAGUGAUGAUGGCAUCAAUGCAGACCUGAACUACAGCAUUGUGGGAGGCAAUCCCUUCAAGCUGUUUGAGAUUGAUCCCACCAGUGGUGUGGUUUCCUUAGUGGGAAAACUCACACAAAAGCAUUAUGGCUUGCACAGGUUGGUGGUGCAAGUGAAUGACAGUGGGCAGCCUUCCCAGUCCACCACAACUCUGGUGCAUGUGUUUGUCAAUGAAAGUGUUAAUGCAACAGUGAUCGACUCCCAGAUAGCCAGAAGUUUGCACACCCCCCUCACCCAGGAUAUAGCUGGUGACCCAAGCUAUGAAAUUAGCAAGCAAAGACUCAGUAUUGUCAUUGGGGUGGUUGCUGGAAUUAUGACAGUGAUUCUAAUCAUCUUAAUUGUAGUGAUGGCCAGGUAUUGCCGGUCCAAAAAUAAAAAUGGCUAUGAAGCCGGCAAAAAAGAUCAUGAAGACUUUUUUACACCCCAGCAACAUGACAAAUCUAAAAAGCCUAAAAAGGACAAGAAAAACAAAAAAUCUAAGCAGCCUCUCUACAGCAGCAUUGUCACUGUAGAAGCUUCUAAACCAAAUGGACAGAGGUAUGAUAGCGUCAAUGAGAAGCUGUCAGACAGCCCAAGCAUGGGCCGAUACCGAUCAGUUAACGGUGGGCCUGGCAGUCCUGACCUGGCCAGGCAUUACAAAUCCAGCUCCCCAUUGCCUACUGUCCAGCUUCACCCCCAAUCACCAACAGCAGGAAAAAAACACCAGGCCGUACAAGAUCUACCACCAGCUAACACGUUUGUGGGAGCAGGAGACAACAUUUCAAUUGGGUCAGAUCACUGCUCUGAGUACAGCUGUCAAACCAAUAACAAGUACAGCAAACAGCCAUUUCGUAGAGUGACGUUUUCUGUUGUGAGUCAGCCUCAGGACCCACAUCAGGGGUCACUGCAGAGUUGCUAUGACAGCGGGCUGGAGGAGUCAGAAACACCAAGCAGUAAGAGUUCAUCAGGGCCAAGACUGGGUGCCCUUCCACUCCCAGAGGACAACUAUGAAAGGACCACGCCGGAUGGCAGUGUUGAUUCAAUACCUCUUCCAGAUGUAGCCCUGACCGGGAAGUGUACCCGUGAGUGUGAUGAGUAUGGCCAUUCAGACUCCUGCUGGAUGCCCGUCCGUACUUCUCCAGAGAGGAAGAAGAGCCAGCCCAAACUCUCCACCUUCAUGCCUGUUGAUGAACGAGGAAGCCAGGAAAAGCUGGCCAACGGCGAGGCUGCCAUCAUGGGUGACCGCAACAGAAACCUCCUGAACAAAAAGUUGACCUCAUCCUAUGAGACCUUCAGUGCAGCUAGUUUCAGCAAAAAUGAGGAAGCCAACACUGAGGAUAUUCCCCUUACCAAAACAGGGGAAUACAAGCCAUCUCCUGUCAAUACUCUCACUAGAAGAGAAGUUUACCUGUAGGCUAUAAAGGAGCAACAGCAAAGUUCUUUUCAUGUAUGAGAAGGAGAAUAAGGGGCAAAAAAACCUUAAAAAACAAAACCAUGUAAUCAAAAAGAGGGGGCUACCAAAGAGACAAAACUUUGCCUGCCACUUCUGCCUCCAGAUCAGGCCUUUAGUGAGUGAUACUGUUUAGCCUGAUUGUAAUGUACAAUGUAGAAA